AUCUCAGAAAUUGCAGCUCAAAUAAAUGCUUCACGGAGUUCAAGUAACAGCAUUCUGCAGCGAUACGCCAUCCCAUCUGUUUUGCACCUAAUGGGACUAUCAUUUGUUUUUCAACAGGACAAUGACCCAACACACCUCCAGGCUGUGUAAGGGAUAUUUGAACAAUAAAGAGAGUGAUGGAGUGCUGCAUCAGAUGACCUGGCCUCCACAAUCACCAACCUCAACCCAAUUGAGAUGGUUUGGGAUGAGUUGGACCACAGAGUUAAGGAAAAGCAGCCAACAAGGGCUCAGCAUAUGUGGAAACUCCUUCAAGACUGUUGAGCCUGCUCAGCUUUGGCCCCUACCUCCUGGAGAAGACAGAGGUCCUGGCUGAGUACAAGAAGAAACGGAAGGAUGCCAACAACAACUUUGUGGGCGACACUAGUCCCUGCUGUGGAGGAGUCGCUGGUGCGCAAUAACUCAGGAUACCAGGCUAUUACGUUUGACCCUGAGACCCAUUUCCCAGUAAUCACUGACAGCUGUACCGGCUGCACUCUCUGCCUCAGCAUCUGCCCCAUCAUCGACUGCAUCAAAAUGGUUACCAGGCCAACACUGUACGUGCCUAAGAGGGGGCUGCCUCAAGCUGUUAAUCCAGUUUGCUAAAGGCUAGAACAGGGCCAUGUUCAUUAGGUGCAAAACGGAAGAAAAUGUAUUGAAACAGGGAGAUAAUACUUGGGCUAGUUCAAUGAGAAAUGGUCAUUUUCGUUUCCUGUUGCAAAAUGUUUUAAUACAUUUUCUACUGUGUGCUCUAAUGAAUUGGACCCAUGCUUUACCUGACCACCGUAGAGCGGAGGGGGGAGAAGAGAAGGAGAGGACCAAUGUCUACUUCACACCAUUGAUUGGCCACAUAAUUGCAGAGUGAAAAAUUACCUUUAUUAUGAACAUUUACAAUUAUCUAGAAGCAGUAAUUACCUUAUAUUCCCAAGCCAAUUAUUCUGAAAUAAUUGUGCCGGGCACCAAAUAGUUACAGUGUUAUUUCUAAAACAGUGGCUUGCAAUGUGGGGUUUAGUUUUUUGUCUGCCCUGCUGGAAUUGAUAGAGAUCGUGUGUUGAAGUUUCCAUGGUUCAGUUCAAGGUGCAUACUGAUAAUCAUAUUCAUUGAUUAUCAUCUUUUGGACCAGUGGAAAUUGCAAUGCACUGUUCAAAGACAGAUGGAUGCAAUCAUGGUGUACAGGUUAUAGUUCUGUUAUAUUAAGUAUGUUAAUAAUGAACUGGGGGAUAAUAGGAAAGGUUUUGGUGGAAAUUAGGACUCUAUUCAAUCUGUAUCGCUAAAGUAUUACAGAUUACGCGAUAACAAUGGAAAGGUCAUUUCUGAUUAAGCCGACAUGCAGCGCUUACCAUGAAUGCAGUCUCAGAUGACGCAGGAACAUUGGUUUGAAAUUUCAAAUAUACUGUCACGCUGAACUUCCACGAUACGGAUUGAGUAGAGCCCUUAAUAUAUUUUGGGGUGACUUGAUUUUGAAAUAGAUUUUCCUGUGAUUUUGUGUAUAUUCUUUAAGGUGAUCGUAUGUCUUUUAGCUUGAUGUAUUGAUGAGUAGAAAAAUAGCACAUGAAUAAUGUUUUGUGCAUUAUAGGUUUAGACAGGUUUUAUAUAAAUUUUAGGGAAAUUGUAUUAAAUUGUCAUUUGUUUUAUUUAAUAAUCAUAUUUAUGACAAUCAUAUAGCCUGCAAUCUAGGUAUAUAUGUGAGUGACUUCAAGAUCAGACACCUACUCAAUUAUAUCUGAACACUUUUAGAGAAAAUCCAUAAAUCCUAUGCCCUAUUCAUAAUUAAUGAACAGACUGGUUUGAAAAACAAAGCAUUUUCUGUUGUGUUAAUGC